AUGCGCGACGACUUCGUUCUUUUCUCCGAAGCCCGGAGAGUGUUAAGUGGUGCCCAAGGCAACUGGCUGCAACGUUUCUUGUCGUGGAGGUCUUACACUCAUGUCAACCUUUCCAAAUUUCAUUUCCUCUACAACAACAGCGACGGCGUAAAAACUUUCGAUUGGUCGACGUUGGGAAACCUCCAAGGCAUCUGCCAAGGCUAUGAGUACACAUGCGCGCACACCGUCGAUAUCGACAUCCACAUGCGCAUAAUUGCUGAGAUUAUCCUCCAAGGCAUCCGCUACCCGCGGCUUGGCCGGGGCCAGAAAACCGUCCUUGAUGGGAUUCCCAAGUUGAAAGCUCCACCUGGAUUGAAGAAGCAGGCGUUCAUGUCAGGCUGGGGCUUUCAUGCUACCCAAGGGCCAUGUUUGAAGAAGAUCAUUAGCUGGGCUGCUGGAGUCUCGACAUUCGGGUUGGCUUUCGUUCCCAUAUGGCUCUCCUCUAUCAACAGCAUCGACUUGCAGAACGCUUUCGCCCCCGUCACCUUUCUGGUUACCCUUCUUGGUCUCAUCCUGGCCAUGGUCGCCGUUACUCAAGGCGUUUCUUAG